UUUAAGCCAUGAGCGUACCGACUACCAACUAACGGGAUAUCAAUUUGACUAUAAUAUAAUUUACUAUUACAGUAUUACUAUAUAUUUUACCGUAUAUUUUAUAUACCUGAUUUUGAUUAGCUGCCCGUUAUGCUGACAUAUUUGAUUUUAUCAUCGAAUAUUUGAUGAAGAAGGAGUAUAUGUGCAAAAACUUGUAAUAUCAGAUAUCCUAUUCAAUAAUUUCUAAUAUUUGGUUUUUGGAUUAUUACAAGGUGUUGGUGCAAACCCAGUUUAAAUGGAUGUCAAAAAUAAAAAAUUAGCAUUGAACAGGCGAUUUAUAAAAUACAUUCAUCCAUUAAAAUCGAUCACCGAUAUUCCUGAACAGAAACAGUGUUGGUUAGACCAGAUGAAAUUUUUAAUUGAAGAUUUUAAUAUUCUUCUUAAAUUACCAUACUAUGAAUUCUGGAUAACUAUUGAGUUUACUAAGGACGCUAUGAUUGGUUUUCAAACAUUUCUCCGAGAAGCUGCUCCACCACAUCUAAGUGAUCAUUUUUCUCAAGAUUUUGAUAUAAUAUCAAUGUAUAACGAGAUUGAACACUUGGCGUAUCUAUUGUUAAAACGUUUGACUGAUGAAAAUGAAGAAUUGACUCCUAAAUACCUGUGUGGUUUACUUGUUAAAAAAAAUGUAAUAAAUAUUCCCAUGCUGUUUGACUUAUGUGUCAUUUAUAGUCACCUGCAUACUAAAGAAUUAGAAAUUAUUAUUAAGAAACUUUUUUCACAUGAAAAGUUAUUUAAUGAAAAUUUGAAAAGUUGUAUACAAUGUAUUAAUAAAUGUUUUAGUCAGUUUCAAGAUAAAAUAGAAUUAGAUCUUGCAUUUGACAAUAGACCGAAUCAAAAUCAAACUGGUAAAAGUUCAACUGCAAUGAAUAAAGCCAAUCUCAUAAUUAUUCAAGAUAUUGUAGAUUUUCUUUUAGACAUUUCAUAUAGUAUCACAGGAUUUUUAGAAAUCUAUCCUAUAGCUAGUAAUAUAUUUUAUAAAGAAAAAUUUCAUUUGUGUUUGGCAUCAUUUUAUCAUAAUGUGAAGCCUCUUAUUUAUAAAAGGGUAAUUAUGAUGAACAAAUUGGAACAGUUUAAUGAAAAGCUUCAUGCUACAAGAUUACUACAAGUAAAAUGUGUACAUCAAUGUUUAAAUAGCCUAACUGAACAGAUCAAUACCAAAAAAGAAUCGAAAGCCGCGGUAGAAGAAUACUUGGAAACAAUAACAGAGCUAUUAGCCUUUAACGAGUUUGUAAACGAUUACAACCUAGUAUACAAUUUAGGCAACAGCUUAAAAAAAUGUCAAAGUAUAAUGAAAGAAAAGGAUACAACAAGGUAUGAUUAUUUACAGAAAUCUUUAGCUUUGACUAGUGAAACAAGUAUUGAAUGUGAACAGUUGCCUGAUGACCAAUUGGAGCAGUUAAACAGUAAUAACAACUUGGAAAAUGCAAAACUUCAAUCACUUAUAAGUGAUGUUAAAGACUUAUUACCACAUUUAGGCAAUGGAUUUAUACAGUUAUGUUUGGAAUAUUAUGAUAUGGAUUCAGAAAAAGUGAUUAGUAUGGUUUUAGAAAAUAGCUUACCACUAGAACUUACUCAGUAUGAUUUUUCUCUUGCAAGUUUGUCCCUUGAAGAAAAUUCCAUAAUUAGUGAUAAACCACCAUUAUUAAAUAAAAAGUUAAAAAAACUUAAAGCAGUAUUGGAUGACAAAUCGUUUCGUAAUGAAAUGCGACCAUUUUAUGAACAGUACAAUUUUACUGAAGUUACCAGUGCUGAAUUAGAAUCAUACUAUGAUGAUGAAUAUGAUGACACAUAUGAUGAAGUUGAAUAUAUUAUACCAGAACCAGCAGAUGAAAACGAAAAACGUAGACAGGAUGUUACACCUAGAGUUUUAAUACAAAAAAAACCACUAAAUGAAUGUAUAGAAGAAUAUUCAUCAGAUGAAAAUUCACAAGAACCAAAAUUAAAUUUUCAACCAUUUUGCGAGAACCCUGAAGUUGUCCGUGAACGACAAGCUAGAAAAUAUGUAGCUAGGCAAAACAACAAGUCAAACCGAAGUAAACCAAAAAUAUUUAUUUCUAGCACUUCAGGUUCACAAACAGAACUAGAUAGACAAAGAAAAGGUGAAAAUAAAGCAUUUCAAGGAAAUCAUAAUAGAAGAAAUGCAGCAAGAAAUAAGCAGCAAAGAGGAAUGUUUUAAAAUGCAUUUUUUCGUUAUAAUAUAGCAAGAAAUGUUUUUUGUUUUUCAAAAUUAAUAUAAUAAUAUAUAAAUUGGAAAUUAAUUUUUUUUUGGUUUCUUUAAAUUUAAAUAAUUCAUUAGUAAACUGUAAGUUAGAUAUUAUUUUGCCAAGUUAUGUUCCUCAAUAAUUUACUAAUUUUAUGAAAUUUAAGAUAUAUACAUUUUGGUAUACUAACAA